AUGUCGGGCUCCAGAAACUUGUCCGCUGCCCUCCGGCGGCUGUGCUCGAACAGAGGCCAGUUUAAUUUCCGCCAACAGCGUUUCCCUUGUCUCGCACUCCGGCCGUUGAGCACCACUCCGACCGCUCGCGCCCCCGAGACCUCUUCUUCAACAACACCUACGAUACAGCCUAAAUUCACCACGGACGCAUACCCACAGAUCAAAAGAAACCCAAAUUUCUCCGAAGUAACGAGCGAACACGUCCAAUUCUUCAAGGAUCUUCUCGGCGCGCCGUCCGCAGUCAUCGAUGGCGUCACCACGGACGCGACCGACGAUAUCGAGCCAUUCAACAGAGAUUGGAUGAAAAAAUAUCGAGGACACACGAAACUGGUGCUGAAGCCACGGUCGGUUCAGGAAGUGAGCCAGAUUUUGAAGUACUGCAAUAGCAAUCAGCUGGCUGUGGUCCCGCAGGGUGGAAAUACCGGAUUGGUUGGAGGUAGCGUGCCGGUGUUUGAUGAGAUUGUGAUCAACUUAUCGCGCAUGAAUCAGAUCAGGGCCUUUGACGAAAACUCUGGCGUCCUGUCUCUGGAUGCUGGCGUUAUUCUUGAGGUUGCUGAGAAAUACCUCGCUGAAAGAAACCACAUCUUCCCACUGGAUCUCGGCGCCAAGGGGUCUUGCCAUGUUGGAGGGAAUUUGGCAACGAAUGCUGGUGGCUUACGGUUGCUGCGUUACGGAAGUCUACAUGGGAAUGUACUUGGUUUAGAAGCUGUGCUUCCCGAUGGUACGAUUGUUGAUGACAUGUGUGCUCUGCGGAAGAAUAACACAGGAUAUGAUCUGAAACAUCUCUUCAUCGGUGGUGAGGGAACAAUCGGCAUCAUUACAGGAGCUUCGAUAAUCUGCCCUCAGCGUCCCAAAGCCGUCAAUGUCGCCUACUUUGGCCUGCAGAGCUACGAUCAUGUACGCAAGGCUUUCCGCGAGGCCAAGGCGCAUUUAUCCGAGGUUCUCUCAGCAUUUGAGUUGAUGGACGGAAAGAGCCAAGAUACGGUUUACGAUGUCACCGGCCUCAAGAGGCCGCUUGACGGAUCGUAUCCGUUCUACUGCCUUGUCGAAACCAGUGGGUCCAACGGGGAGCACGACAAUGCGAAACUGGAGGCGUAUUUGGAGCAUGUUAUGGGCGAAUCUAUCGUCGAAGAUGGAGUGGUAGCUCAGGAUGAAACCCAAGCACAAUCCUUAUGGCGUUGGAGAGAAGGCAUCACCGAAGCUUUAAGCCAUCUUGGAGGAACGUACAAGUACGACGUCUCUAUUCCCCUUUCGGAGUUGUAUCAGCUUGUUGAGGAUACCAACGAGCGCCUCACAAACGCUGGGCUCGUUGGCAACGACGAAAGCCACCCUGUCCGCAAGGUGUUGGGCUAUGGCCACAUGGGCGACUCGAAUCUUCAUUUGAAUGUUGCCGUGAGGCAGUACACAAAGAAAGUUGAAAAUAUGAUUGAACCAUGGGUUUACGAAUGGAUCCAGAAGCGCAAUGGCAGCAUCAGCGCCGAGCAUGGCUUGGGGAUCGCGAAAAGGGAGUUUGUCGGUUAUAGUAAAAAUGAUACCAUGAUGAAAUUGAUGAAGCAGCUGAAGAGCCUUUAUGAUCCUCUACUGCUCUUGAUAGCUUCGGAUAAUUAG